GGAAAAGUCGCUUUUGGCUGAAGCUGUUUCAAGACAGGUUUCUGUCACUGGACGUGAAGGAGUCCUCUGCGUCCCUGGCGCGACUUCCCUGGUCGGGCUCAUCCCCAGAGCCAGGCACAACGCCAGGCGCAAUAUUUGUGGAAAUGAACCAAUGGGAAGUUGUGGAGAGGAGGACGGGUGACGCAGCCCUGCAUCGUGCAACCCGCAGCGGACUCUGAACUGCGAGCUGCGACUUCACUUCCGCCGCCUGGAAGCCCCGGGGCUUAGCCCCCCAGGCUCCGCCGUUUGUCCCAGGAUGCUCCGCGCAGGUCGCGUCCGGUGAUUGGCUGCGCUGCUCCACGUGGUGCCAGGCAGGCGGCGGCGGUUGCCGGGGCGACGGCUGGACAAGGGGCUGCCGGGCAGGGUAGGCGCGUGUGCCCGCGUCAGAGCAGCAGAGAUUUUUGCUGUGAGAAUUAACAGUAACGGUUCAAUAUGGGGGACAUUCUGGCUCAUGAAUCAGAAUUACUUGGACUAGUGAAAGAGUAUUUAGAUUUUGCCGAAUUUGAAGACACCUUGAAAACAUUUUCAAAAGAAUGCAAAAUAAAAGGAAAAGCGUUAUCUAAAUCAGCAUGUGGCUCUUUAAGGGACUCCAAAUCAUCGAUAAUCCAGAAGGACCUCCUUGCUGCGUUUGACAGUGGAGACCAGAAGGUGUUCUUCGAUUUGUGGGAGGGGCACAUUCCCAGUUCCAUCCGGGCUGGCGACUCCCUCGCCCAGAAGUUGGAAUUCUACCUUCACAUCCAUUUUGCCAUCUAUCUUCUGAAACACUCCACAGGGAGACCUGACAAAGAGGAGAUGGAUGAAAGGAUUUCUUAUUUCAAAACCUACCUGGAGACCAAAGGGGCAGUGCUGAGCCAGACCACGGAGUUUCUCCCUUUCUAUGCCCUGCCUUUUGUUCCCAAUCCCAUGGUACACCCCUCAUUUAAAGAGCUUUUCCAGGAUCCUUGGACUCCAGAAUUAAAGCUGAAGUUGGAAAAGUUUCUGGCUUUAAUUUUUAAAGCCAGUAACACGCCGAAGCUUUUAACAUUAUAUGAGAAUGGACAAAGCAACAAAGAAAUGUUGCAGCAGCUCCACCAGCAGCUGGUAGAAGCUGAGCGUAGGUCAGUAACAUACUUGAAACGGUACAAUAAGAUCCAGGCGGACUACCACAAUCUCAUCGGAGUCACAGCAGAGCUGGUGGAUUCUCUGGAGGCCACAGUCAGUGGCAAGAUGAUCACCCCCGAGUACCUGCAGAGCGUCUGCGUCCGCCUCUUCAGCAACCAGAUGCGGCAGAGCCUGGCGCGCAGCGUGGACUUCACGAGGCCCGGCACGGCUUCAACCAUGUUAAGAGCCUCCUUGGCACCCGUGCAAUUGAGGGAUGUCCCAUUACUGCCCUCCUUGGAUUAUGAGAAACUGAAGAAGGAUUUGAUUUUGGGGAGUGACCGCUUGAAAGCCUUCUUGUUGCAGGCUCUGCGCUGGCGCUUGACCACAUCGCAGCCUGGAGAGCAGAGGGAGACCGUUCUGCAGGCCUACGUCAGCAGCGACCUCCUGGACUGCCGCAGCCACAGCCAGAGGAGUGUGCUGCAGCUGCUGCGCUCAAGGAACGAGGUGGUACGGCAGUACGUGGCCAGGCUCAUCAACGCUUUUGCAUCCCUGGCAGAAGGUCGCCGCUACCUUGCCCAGAGCACAAAGGUACUGCGGAUGCUGGAAGAAAGGCUGAAGGAGGAAGACAAGGACGUCAUCACCAGGGAGAACGUUCUCGGGGCCUUGCAGAAGUUCAGCCUCAGGCGCCCACUGCAGACAGCGAUGAUUCAAGAUGGCCUCAUCUUCUGGCUGAUUGACAUCUUGGAGGAGCCUGACUGCCUGUCAGACUACACGCUCGAGUACUCGGUGGCCCUGCUCAUGAACCUCUGCCUCCGGAGCACAGGGAAGAACAUGUGUGCCAAGGUGGCGGGCCUCGUGCUGAAAGUUCUUUCGGAUCUGCUUGGCCAUGAAAACCACGAGAUACAGCCGUAUGUGAAUGGAGCUCUGUACAGCAUCCUUUCUAUUCCGUCCAUUCGUGAAGAAGCAAGAGCAAUGGGAAUGGAAGACAUCCUUGGCUGCUUCAUCAAAGAAGGCAAUGCUGAAAUGAUCCGCCAGAUUGAAUUUAUCAUCAAGCAGCUUAAUUCAGAAGAGCUAUUGGACGGUGUUCUUGAAUCUGAUGAUGACGAAGAUGAAGAUGAUGAAGAGGACCAUGACACUAUGGAAGCCGAUCUGGACAAAGAUGAACUGAUCCAGCCCCAGCUUGGAGAGCUCUCAGGCGAGAAGCUUCUGACCACGGAGUACUUGGGAAUCAUGAGCAACACUGGGAAGGUGAGGCGGAAGGGGGCGGCCGGCAUGCAGUGGGGCGGCCCCGAGCCCCUGCGCCGGCCCAUCACUCCCGGCGGCCACAGGACUGGGUACCCAGCGCUGGAAGACCGUCCCAUCUCUCCCCAGAUGGCCAAACAUGCCAGAAACGGUUGCCUCCCGUCUCUGCCAAAUGCCCACCUUCCAGUCUGCAAGGGGGUCAUGCCUGGUGCUCCUGAGCCUUGCACUUCCUCUUCAUGCUCCAUGGACGCCAAGGCGGGAGAGUGGUUGCCAGCAGGACGUCAGGGAGAGCCUCACCUGCCCCCAGCGGGGGGCCCGAGCCAGCCUAGGGAGGUGCCCUAUGCCCUGGACAGUGGCGAGACCACCAGGGAGUUUACACCAGCCUUCGUCUACAAGCCCCGGGCCCCCUGCAGCCCGGAGAUCCUGGACCUGAACCCACCCAAGCCCAAGGCAUCGGCUCUGGCCCCUCAUUUCUCCUCGUGUGGCCCACAGCAGGCCAGCCGCCCCAGCUCCGCGGCGUCCGCCACGAGGAGCCUGCAGAGACCAGGGCCCUAGCCGGCCGCUUCCUCUGCCCCAGGGACCGGUUCUUCACUCGUCUUUCUGUGAAUGAAAUUGCCCUUGGCCUCAGCGGCUCAUACCCAAGCGGGCGGAAUGAC